UGAGAAGGUGCGUCCAAACUUUUGGUCUGUACUGUAUGUAAGUCUAGUUAAAUUUCUUUAAGCAGUUUGAGAUGUUGUAUUGGAAUAAGUUGGUGAGAGUCGGUGUAAAAUGGAAACCAUAAGGUUUUUAAAAUGUCAGCUUCAUGCGUAGGUAUUGAUAUAUUUAAUAUUUCAGAUCUUAAAAUUGGAUAUAUUUUGAAAUUCCUGCAUUAACCCUAAUAUAUUUGGCAAUGUAAACUUAGGUUGUUGAAUUUCCAGAGUGAAGAGUCUCUCCUCCUUUAGUGAAUGGUGUGUGUAGGUGUUGGUGUGUCUGUGUGAUUAUUGUGGAGAUGUUAUGAAGAAUCACCGAGGAGAGCGCCAAAACACGGAGCCAAGUCUGAGUACGGUACACAGUAAAGGAAAUAGGAGGGGGAGGGGAGGAUCUGAGGGCAGAGCUGGGAAAUGAAACUAAUCUUAAUGAAGAAAUAUUCUAAGCGACUUCCACAUCACACAGUGAGAUAUCACCGAGACCAGAGGACACAGAGUCAGGUGUUCUAUGACAUGACUGGGAUUCAGACGUAGAAGAACCAAGACCGAGCAAAGAGAUGGCGGAGAGAUUGAGAAAAACCUUCCAAGGAUUGUCUGUGAGAAGAACUAUCAGGCCCGAGGAUAUCGGGAGUUUCCCCCGCCAGCUGUCUGCAUACGAUGAUCCAUCACUGAGGAUUAUAUAUGAGCAUUAUAGAGAUGAUCUGAUCUCCAUCCUGGAGAACCUGAACCCUCAUACUGUUCUGGUAGAACUAACAUCUCGGAAUGUCUUAAACACAGAGGAAUACCUAUCAAUGGAAAAAGACCCGUCUUCCUUCUCUCACACCUUGUUACAAGAUAUUCAGGAUCGGGGAAGAGAAGCUGUGAUUGGACUCUGGGAAUGUCUCUGUGCGCUACAGAAAGAUCAUCAUCAUCCUAAUUUAUUGGCCGUUCUGGAUGAGAUCACACAGACAGGUGAGGGUCUGCCUGAUCAGAUUCUACUGGAUGAACUCGGACAUUCCCUGACUCCGGAGCUGAGAGAAAUUCAGGAAAAGCACAAACAACAUCUGAUGGAGAAGACUGAGACUCUAGAGGAGCAUAGACCCCCAGGAACUACCCUGGAGCCACAAACAUUCCCCUUCAAUGAGCGUUAUGUGAACCUGAUUGUAGUCUCCACUGAUCAGUUCAGGGAACGUCCCCAGAAUGAGCUAAUACAGACCGGGGUAAAACAUGAGGAAUGCUUGAAGGAAACACAGACAGGACUGGAACACAUUUCCCCCAACAAGCUGUUCAGAUGGAACCCCCAGUCACAUUGUGUACCACGUGCAGUAAUGGUGAGCGGAGUGCCAGGAAUAGGGAAGACCACACUGAUGCAGAAGUUUGUCUAUGACUGGGUGACCGGAAAACACUACCAGAGAUUUGCCUUUCUCUUCUUCUUCAGAUUCCGGGACCUUAAUAGACUGGGAGAGGUCAGCUUGGAGGAGAUGAUUCUUCAUCAAUAUCCACAUCUGGGGAGUCAGAUUGGAGAUAUUUUACAAGAUCCAGAGAGACUUCUGUUUAUAUUUGAUGGAUUAGAUGAAAGUAUUCACCAAAUGGAUUUCAGAUCAAGUAAACUGUCCAAUCCAAAGCAGAGAUCACAUUUUGGUAAGAUUGUGGUCAGUUUGGUGAGGCAGAGUCUUCUUAAGGGUUGUUCUGUACUGAUAACCAGUCGCCCAACCAGACUGGCAUCAGUUGAUACCGGUGUUUUCCAGAGAAUAGCUGAGAUCAUGGGAUUUCUCCAUGAAGACAGACGGAUCUUCUUUAAUAAUUUCUUUGGAAAUGAGGAAUUAUCAGGGAAGGCUUUUCAUUAUGUGCAGGAGAAUGACACUCUGUACACUUUCUGUUAUAUCCCAUCAUACUGCUGGAUCAUCUGUACAGUGUUAUCAAUGUGCUUCAGAGCCCAACCAAUCACUGAUCAGCUGAUGACAUCAUUACCCAAAACAGUGACACAACUCUUUGUGACUUUUGUCUCCAACAUUCUGGCCAAUCACAGCCAGAAUAAAGAUGGUGGUCCCACUGACCGGGAACUGCUGACCUCUAUUGGGUGGAUGGCAGAACAUGGAGUCAUGAAUCACAUGAUUGUAUUUGAUAAGCGUGAUCUGGAGUCAUUCAAUGUGAGAAAUGAUAAUCAUCUCUUUUCAUCUUUCAUGAUGGAAUCUGGUCAGCCUCCUGAUGUGGAUUACACCUUCUUACAUCUCACUCUUCAGGAGUUUUUUGCUGCUUUAGUCCAUUUUAUUAACUAUAAUGCUGACAGAUUACAGAAAACACUUGGUGAUGCUGAAUCUUAUGAAGACGGCCGUGUUGAAAUAUUCCUCCGUUUCCUCUGUGGUCUCUCAGACACUUCUACUAGAUCCUUGUUAAAGUCUCAUGGGGGAGAAUUGUCUACUCAGGCUGCCAGACAUGUCAUCACCUGGAUCCAGAAGAAAAUACCAAAACAAACACCUCACAAAUCCAUAAGAGGCCGCAGAGAGCUUCUUAAUGUAUUCUACUAUCUCUAUGAGAGCAGGAAUAAGGCUCUGGUGUCACAAUGUAUUGGAUCAAACAAUGUUGACUUUUCUGAGGUCCCCCUCAGCCCUCUGGACUGCUCUGUGCUGUCUUUUAUCCUUCAAUCCUGCAGAGACACAGAAGAAGUAAAUCUAAGUUCAUGUAAGAUUCAGAGUGAAGGAUUGAGGAAACUUAUACCGGCUCUACACAAAAUCAAGAGCUUAGGAUUGUAUGAUAAUCACCUGACAGACAGUUCCUGCCCCCACCUGGCAUCUGUAAUAAGAAAUAACCAGACACUGAGGACACUGGACCUGACUGAGAACAAUCUGGAGGGUCCUGAUUUCAGGGAUCUGAUGGAAGCUCUGACAACAAGCCGGAUAGAGGAAUUACAAUUGAAGGAUAAUCACCUGACAGACAGUUCCUGCCCCCACCUGGCAUCUGGAAUAAGAAAUAACCAGACACUGAGGACACUGGACCUGACUGUGAACAAUCUGGAGGGUCCUCAUUUCAGGGAUCUGAUGGAAGCUCUGACAACAAGCCGGAUAGAGGAAUUACGAUUGUCCUCUAAUAACCUGACAGACCGUUCCUGCCCCCACCUGACAUCUGGAAUAAGAAAUAACCAGACACUGAGGACACUGGACCUGUCUGAUAACAAUCUGGAGGGUCCUCAUUUCAGGGAUCUGAUGGAAGCUCUGACAACAAGCCGGAUAGAGGAAUUACAAUUGGAUAAUAAUGACCUGACAGACAGUUCCUGCCCCCACCUGACAUCUGUAAUAAGAAAUAACCAGACACUGAGGACACUGAACCUGUCUGAGAACAAUCUGGAGGGUCCUGAUUUCAGGGAUCUGAUGGAAGCUCUGACAACAAGCCGGAUAGAGGAAUUACAAUUGUAUGAUAAUCACCUGACAGACAGGUCCUGCCCCCACCUGGCAUCUGGAAUAAGAAAUAACCAGACACUGAGGACACUGGACCUGUCUGGGAACAAUCUGGAGGGUCCUCAUUUCAGGGAUCUGAUGGAAGCUCUGACAACAAGCCGGAUAGAGGAAUUACAAUUGUAUGAUAAUCACCUGACAGACAGUUCCUGCCCCCACCUGGCAUCUGGAAUAAGAAAUAACCAGACACUGAGGACACUGGGCCUGUCUGAGAACAAUCUGGAGGGUCCUGAUUUCAGGGAUCUGAUGGAAGCUCUGACAACAAGCCGGAUAGAGGAAUUACAAUUGGAUAAUAAUCACCUGACAGACAGCUCCUGCCCCCACCUGGCAUCUGGAAUAAGAAAUAACCAGACACUGAGGACACUGGACCUGUCUGAUAACAAUCUGGAGGGUCCUCAUUUCAGGGAUCUAAUGGAAGCUCUGACAACAAGCCAGAUAGAGGAAUUACGAUUGUCCUCUAAUCACCUGACAGAGAGUUCCUGCCCCCACCUGGCAUCUGGAAUAAGAAAUAACCAGACACUGAGGACACUGGACCUGUCUAAUAACAAUCUGGAGGGUCCUGAUUUCAGGGAUCUGAUGGAAGCUCUGACAACAAGCCGGAUAGAGAAAUUACAAUUGUAUGAUAAUCACCUGACAGAUAGUUCCUGCCCCCACCUGGCAUCUGGAAUAAGAAAUAACCAGACACUGAGGACACUGGACCUGUCUGAUAACAAUCUGGAGGGUCCUCAUUUCAGGGAUCUGAUGGAAGCUCUGACAACAAGCCGGAUAGAGGAAUUACGAUUGUAUGAUAAUCACCUGACAGAUAGUUCCUGCCCCCACCUGACAUCUGGAAUAAGAAAUAACCAGACACUGAGGACACUGGACCUGACUGAUAACAAUCUGGGGGGUCCUCAUUUCAGGGAUCUGAUGGAAGCUCUGACAACAAGCCGGAUAGAGGAAUUACGAUUGUAUGAUAAUCACCUGACAGACAGUUCCUUCCCCCACCUGGCAUCUGGAAUAAGAAAUAACCAGACACUGAGGACACUGGACCUGUCUAUGAACAAUCUGGGGGGUCCUCAUUUCAGGGAUCUGAUGGAAGCUCUGACAACAAGCCGGAUAGAGGAAUUACAGAUCAGGGACAACAACUUGUCAGAGGAAACAAGAAGAGAACUAAGAAAUCUGGAAAAGAUCCGACCAGAAAUGAAGAUUUAUUGAUGACUCCGGAGGAAGAGACUCGGCUACAGCUGUGAA